GCCCCCUCCCAACCGGAACCGUGGAGGUUGCUAGGGAAACGGGAGAGACGCUGCCCGCCGGCGCUUUGGGAGGGAGGAGAGCCCGAGCGCGCGUGAGGGAGGCAGCGGGGGAAAGGAAAGUGUGGCAAACCUGCCUCCAGAGAACCAAUUCUGCACAGUAGAGCGCCGCAAUGAGAGGGCAACAGCAGCUGCAGUGAUCCUGAGCGUGAGUGCUUUAGAGUUUUCCUGAAGUACUGCCAUGUACGAAGCAAAAGAAAGACAGAAGUUUAUCAGUGAUGCUCAGUACCUGAGAGAGAUGCAGCACAAGAUGGAUUCAGAGUAUCAGGCUUGCCUGAGAAAACAAGAACAGACUAAAGAGCAGUCUGAGAAGAAACGAGAGCAACACGCCAGACAAGAACUGAGACAGACAAAUAUAUCGUCCAUCUCUGCUGUGCGUACUUAUGAAAGGCCAUGGAUUUCCAGAGUCCCCACUAAUAGACAGACCUCCUCCGAAGAAUCUUCUGGAUGUGAACUGAAAUCUGCUAUUAAGCCUCUUGGGAACAAAGGAGAAGCUAAAUUUCCUGCCAUUGACAAAACAUCUGUUAAGCAGAAGCAGAAAUCAAGCACAUGCGCCAAAAAAACUGAAAAAAGUGGACCUGGCCCCAAAAAAGAUUUUUCAGCUUUCCAGAAGCCAAUUUUAUCAAGAAGACAGCGAUUGAACCAGAGAAGUUUUCUGGAAAACACAGACACUGAGAAUAUGAAAAGAGUGGAAGGAAGAGGGAGGAAAACACCAGUGCUGCACGGAAUAGCAAAGACUACCAAGAGUGCUGACUCGCAAGAUGUCACAGCACAAAGAAGCGGCCCUGUUCUCAAGAGUAAAAGAACUCCAGAAAAGAGGACCUUAAUCCAGACCUCUAAACUAAACAUAGACAGCAAAAGCCUAGACAGGGAUCUCAAAAAAGGAAGUGUUCUAACAGCAGCUCAGCAGCCCCCAACUACCGUAAUGGAUUCUACUGUUCAGGUUGCUAAUGGUCCUUUGUUAUCGAGUGAGCCAAGCAACUCCAACCUUCCCCCCAUUAAAAAUACUCCCAUAAGGCCCAGAGAAGACGAUUUUUAUGCAUUGUUGUGUGCAAAUGUGGAAGGUUCUACCGAAGAGAUUGAUGAUGCUGAAGACGUUAACGAGUUAGAAGAAGAGUUUCUUUCCUAUGAUAUCAGCAAGACUCCUCCUCCUGAUCAGAGCAACAGAGUCAGUGGGAUGCCCGUCGCACAGGCCGAGCAGCCGAACUGUGAUAUGGGAGUCGGGGGUGACGUUAGGCGGGCUGAGCUUUCCCACAGAUUGCCACGGCAACACAGUGGAGCAGUGGAGGCAGCAGCUGAACAACCUUCAGCGGGCCAAAGGAAGACCAGAGACCAAAGGAACCCUCAUGCUCUUGAAGAAAACAACCUUUCGGAAGAGGCCCACAAAAACGAAGGUGAGAAUUCCAAAAGCCCACAUGCUGAAAGCAGACCCAGAAGCGCAGCAGCCAAUGAGACCACUGGCAAUUUAAGUUCUACCGAAGACUGGUCAGGGAACAAUGGCUGUGGUAGAGAGAGACAAGGUUUUGAGGGCAAUCAAAGAUGUUACACUGGACUCAUUAGUUCAGCUAGGCCAGCAGUUCAGAGGCCUCCUAUGCGUUCCACAUUUAAUAUCCCAGGAUCCUUAGCACAACCUAUAAACAGAACUGAAACGACAAGCAAUGUGGAUGCUGCUGCAGCUUCUAUGCAAACCACAGAGCUGAGUGGAAGCCCCAGGUUCACUGUUCGUAGACAGCUAUCUCCUAUAAGAAUCAGGGAGUCCUUUUCAGCUACUGAAAGUUGUCAGUCUUCAUCACCUACCAUCAGCACCUUUGAGGACAGUAGCCUCCUGGAAGAUAGUAUAAGCAAUGGUCUAAGCAGCCUUUCCCCAAGCACCACUUCUCACGAUGAAGACAAUUUUCUGAAUUCCCACAGCUCCUCCUCAUCCACAGAUUCUUCCCAUCCAUCUCUUUUCCGGGCAAACUUCACAGCACAUCUUCACAUGGCUGGCCCUCUCCCCGAUCAAGUACCAAUUUUCUUGACGGUAUCUGAUUUGCGAAAUCAGAGCAGUUUUGUGAGCAGUACAACCACUUGCAGUUCACCAAAUAUGAAGGAGAUUAGUAAGCCCGAGACAGAUCCCGAGAAACUAAAGAAGUUGCAAGAGAGUCUCCUAGCAGAAGACUCUGAAGAGGAGGGAGAUCAGUGUCGGAUAUGUCAGAUUGCUGGGGGAUCCAUAACCAACCCACUGCUGGAACCGUGCGGGUGUGGCGGGACUCUUCGAUUUGUCCAUCAGGAAUGUCUAAAGACCUGGUUAAAGGCUAAGAUCAAAUCAGGUGCUGAACUUGGUGCAGUGAAAACAUGUGAACUCUGUAAGCAGAGCCUUACUGUAGAUCUGGAUGAUUUUAACGUGAACGACUAUUACAGGAAUCAUCAGCAGUCUCGGGCCCAGGAUGAACUGAUGAACUCAGGCCUCUAUCUGGUGCUGUUGCUUCACCUGUAUGAGCAAAGGUUUGCAGAACUCAUGAGAUUAAACUACAACCAAGCCUCCAGAGAUCGGCUCUCAAGACAGCCUAGAACAGAGGAAAACCAAAAUUCAGCCAAUUCUGGCAACAGUGGGUAAAAGAGCUCUCAAGGAGGAUCUUAGGAGGAGACCUCUUUGGGAAUCUGACAGAGAGCCCUUCUUCACAUCCUUCAACUUUCACUCUUACUUAACACCAGGCCACAAUAAGUAUGUACGCCAUUCAUAUUCCGUGUCACCCAUUGAAAUCAAAAGACUUUUUAAGGGUCUGGGGUUGUUUUGGCUGUUUGUGUGGUUUGAUUCUUGUGGGUUUUCCCCCUUUUGUUUUCGUUUUUGAAGUUGCAAUAUUGACUGACAAUCUUUUUAAAACAACAUGGGUUAUUAACAGCAACUUGCAGAGUGUAAACUUUUUAAUCUCUCCUACUUCCUGGCCCCCAGCUACUCAAAUCAAAAUUCAAAACGUUGGCUAGGGUUUCACGAGUGUGUUGUGUGUGUGCUUUGACUGACAAACCGUCCGAGAUGGCAAACCAGGUAUCUACAUUUGCAGCACCUGCCCUACUAGAAUCCACUCUGCACCAUUUCAGACAUGCGCCUUUGGGGUCAGGGUUCCCUGGAGAUAAAAGCAAUGUUUUGUACGUUAAAACUGAGUUGUUGUAUGCCCAGCCUUUUCACAGGACAUUUCAUGGCAUGCAAAUGUAAAUGUAUUGAUGUACUGUUGUAUGAUCAGUCUUAUAACAUUAUUGCCUUCCUUUUGAAUGGCAAGCCCUAAUAAAAAAUAUUUAAUCUUUUGUUCACUC